GUGCGGACGUCGUCAUCCUCCAGUUCCAGAUCGACGACAGAGCUAUCAGAGAGGAACACCAAAAGCAUCAUUGCCCAACGAGUUGCUCCAGUCACGUCAACUACAACUACUCUACCGAUUGAUCGACUGGUAGACGACGAUUCCGCAAUCGCGCGCAGUCAUUUUCACAACCCGGGGCGACCGAUACCACCGACGGACGACAGAUAGGCAUCUCAGCUCAGCUCUGAUAACCACCACCACCACCACCACCACCACCACCACCACCACAACUCCGACUGCCGACACCGAAUCGCGAUCGCAUCGUCACCUAGUUAAAUCUACCCUGGGCUUGCGACACUACCGUAGAAGCCAGCGCAUAAGAGAAAGAAGAAAGACAUACAAGAAACAACAACACGACACAAACAAAUGACCAUGUCGGAAGAACGCCUCUUUAGAUUCUCCAGGCCUGAAUGGCUUAACAGCGCGUGGGUGAGGAACGCGGGGGUUUAUGCUGCUGGUGCUUUUUUCUCCCUAGCCUUCUACACCCUCCUCGACUCGGCCGUCUGGUCCCACUCCCCCCUCAACGCCUCGGACGUGCACAUCCACUUUGUCGACUGGCUGCCCUUCAUCUUCAGCACGCUCGGCAUGCUCAUCAUCAACAGCGUCGAGAAGGCGCGACUUUCUUCCGAGAGCUUCUCCUACAGCGGCAGCGGUGUGGCGUGGAAGGCGCGCGUGGUGCUGUUUUUGGGCUUUGCGUGUCUGGCGGGUGGUAUGGCCGGUGGUGUCACGGUGUUCGUGCUCAAGUACGUGGUGAAGGAUGUUGGGUUUCCGGCUUUGAGAAUGGGGGUGGAGAACUUGGUUGCUAAUGGGUUGGUUGGGUUGAGCGCUGUCGUCCUCUGGAUCUCCCAAAACAUGGAAGACGAAUACUCUUACAACCUCGCGCUGUAAGUCGCCGGGUCCGGUUCGGUUCGGUUCGGUUCGGUUGUGUUGCGCUUCAAAGGAGUAUGGCUAUGAUCGAUUUCUCGUCUCGAAGAUCCUCGCCCGCACACACACACAUAUAUACACACCACAGUAAGGGCACAAAAAAAAAAAAAAGAAAAAAAAAACCAAAACCAAAACCCGCCUUACCUACUGCUACCAAACACGCACUAGAUCUACGACACCAAGUCUCCCCCCUCACAGCAAACAGGUCUGACGAAGUACCUUCCAGUCCGGCGCAGGGGUGAAGAGAGGGGACUUGGGGGUUGGAGGAGGAGUAGAAGGAAGGUAGGGUAAGGUUGGCUACGGACUAGAGAAAAUAGGUCUUUAUGCCGGGCACCGAAUCAGGAAACCGCAUGUAAGGACUCGGUUUUCCUCGUCAUUGUUAUGAACUGGAUGAGUUGGGAUGAAGUGGAACGAACAGGACAUGUAUACUUUUAUUGAUAUGGAAGGACCAUGAAAACUUGCGCCCAGGGAGACGGAUGGUUGAGUUGGAGGGAUCACUUGGGUAGCUAUUGAUUCUGCGUUGGGAUCACGCUAGGGCUAAGUUAUGUACCGUUAUUGAACGGAAUCAAAGAGGAAAACAACCCAAAAAAAAGUUAUGGCGAAGCUGUAGAAUCUCAAGAACAACAGCUCCUGGUUUCUAGUUUCAGAUGUUUAGCAUCAUUUACUCUCACCUGUUUUCCAUGCAUCAUCGAUGGCCAAAUGGCACGAAGACGCAAGCAGAUCUUUUGAACUAAGC